ACAAGGAAUAUUAACAUUCACACUUCUAUAUGACAAAUCAAGAAUCCAAGCUCCCUGGAAAAUCCUCUCCCCGCCUUUGUACAUGUGCAGGUCACUCCGUUACUGUGUUAGUCACUGCCUCCAUGCAGCAAUGACACGACUAGAAGAGGCAAACCAAGAGGUCAACAUGCACUCCUCAGUCAGAUAUUUGGGCUACUUAGCCAGGAUCACUUUACUAGUGGCCAUAUGUAUGGGCCUUUAUGUGAGGUGGGAACAGACAGCUCAGACAUUAAUAUUGGUGAUCUUUAUCUUGGGCCUUUUCAUCUUUGGCAUAGCAAGCAUCCUCUACUACUAUUUUUCUAUGGAAGCUGCCAGUGUAAGCAUUUCCAAUCUUUGGUUUGGCUUUCUUCUUGGUCUGCUCUGCUUUAUUGAUAACUCCCAGUUUAAAUAUGAUGUAAAAGAAGAAGCCACAAAAUACUUGCUGCUCUCCUCCAUCAUCAUCCGAGCAAUGUGUGCACUUGUGGAGAGGAUUUGUGGCUGUGUCCGUUACCGGCCCACCCUUCUAACAGCAGCAGAGUUUUUGGAACUGACUGGUUUUGCCGUCGCCAGCACCAUCAUGCUUGUCCAAAAGUCGCUGUGCAUCAUCUUGCUUAUCACGGCGCUUGCACUGAUAAUUAUUGACCUGAGAAUGAAAUCGUUCCUGGCAAUCCCAAACCUGGUUAUAUUUGCAGUCCUGACACCAGUGCUGUUUUUCCCAUCACUAAAUAUUCCCAUCAAUCCAUUUGCAUUGUCCUGCUUUUUCUGCUGCAUCAUUAGUGAGCCUUUGCUUGACGUGUACUUUAGCGGUCUUUCGGUAACCGAGCGAUGGAAGCCAUAUCUGUAUCGAAGUAGAAUUCUCCGAAGGUUUUCCGUCAUGUCUAUUGGAUUGAUUGAAGUCAUAUUUUUUGUUCUUGCCGCUUUUAAAUUGCAAGACCUGCAUCUGUGGUAUUUUGUUAUCCCUGGCUUUUCCAUCUUUGGUAUCUUUUGGCUCAUCUGCCAUAUAAUCUUUUUAAUUACUCUAUGGGGUUUCCACACUAAGUUAAAUGACUGCCAUAACGUAUACUACAGCCAUAGAACCGAUAACAGCCUUGAUAGGGUUAUGGCCUCAAAAGGAAUGCGUCACUUUUGCCUUAUUUCGGAGCGUUUGGUGUUCUUCAGUCUCCUGGCAACAGCAGUUCUUGGCGCUGUAUCUUGGCAGCCAUCCAAUGGGAUCUUUAUGAGCGCGUUUCUGAUUGUCUUACCUCUUGAGUCCAUGGCGCACGGUCUAUUCCAUGAACUUGGGAGCUGUUUGGGAGGGACUUGUGUUGGCUAUGCUGUUGUAAUCCCCACAAAUUUUUGCAGCCCAAAUGGACAACCAAUGCUGCUUCCGCCAGAACACGUACAGGAACUAAACCUGCGUUCCACAGGAAUGCUAAAUGCCAUCCAGAGAUUCUUUGCUUCCCACAUGAUAGAAACCUACGGCUGUGACUACUCUACAAGUGGUCUUACGCUUGACACCCUGCAAGGAAAACUCAAGUCUUUUCUGGAACUGAGAACACCUGAUGGGCCGAGGCAUGAUACUUACGUCCUGUACUACAGUGGGCACUCUCACAGUACUGGAGAAUGGGCUUUGGCUGGUGGUGAGACGUUGCGAUUAGAGACAAUCGUUGAGUGGUGGAGGGAAAAGAAUAGUACAUGUUGCUCCCGACUUAUCAUUGUGUUGGAUACAGAGAGCUCAACUCCUUGGGUUAAGGAAGUUCGAAAAGUUAAUGAUCAGUACAUUGCCAUUCAAGGAGCAGAGAUGGCAAGAAUUGUAGAUAUUGAAGAAGCUGACCCUCCUGAGAUUGGCGAUUUCACUACAGAGUGGGUGGAGUACAACUGUAACCCUGACCACAAUAUAAGCUGGUCUGACAGAGGACGCGCUGUGAAGGCCGUCUAUGGGGUGUCAAAGCACUGGAGUGACUACACCUUGCACCUACCAACAGGAAGCGAUGUGACAAAGCACUGGAUGAUUUAUUUCCCUCGCAUCACCUACCCCCUGGUCCACCUUGCUAACUGGUGUGGAGCCCUUAAUAUUUUCUGGCCUUGUAAAGUUUGCUACAAGUGUCUGAAAAGGUUGAAAAUGAAUUGGUUUCUUCCAGCUGUGCUGGACACAGGGCAAGGCUUUAAACUGGUUAAAUCUUAAGUACUGUUCUGAAAAGGCACAUUUUAUUCUAUUAUAUAUGUAUGUAUUUAUCUGUAGCAAUGUAAAUACACAGAUAGAUAUGUACAGACCUUGAAAUUACCUUUUCACGUCCUGAUUAAAAAGAAAACCUGCUGUUUCAGCAGUGCACUGCUUUGUUACAUUUGUCUGUACAGCUACGUACACCGGUUGUCCAUUUGUAUCAAUUUGUAAGUCCCAUUUCCUUACGGAGUCUUCUGGAUGCUUGUGAUGGUGCAUACACCACCUCACAUUAUGUAAACUGGAUGUUUAAAUUU